UGCAUUACUGAUCUCUCUCACACACAGACCAUGCAGCGCAUGUUGAAGUAAAAGAAGAAGAAGAAGAAAAGCCAGCAUGUAUAGAAAGCAUAUAAAGCGCUUGGAGAGGAGAAGGUGUCAGUGUGUGGGAUCUCAGUGGUGGAGAUGCUGAGUUCGGGGAGGGUCGACUUUGAGCUGACAUUGAGAGUGACGGUCUGUGCUUCAUGUAAGAUCACUGGACGCGGAUACUAGACGCAGGAGCUGCUCGUGUCUGUUUCCCCGUCUGUCCUUCAGCACCACCGCACUUUUGGACAGCACCAGGCGCCCGGACCCGCUCACCUUUACCCUCUGGAUAACUCUUAUUCUCCCUUUCUUCUUAUUUUCCUCGUUUGACUUCAUGGAGACAUUUUGCACUGUUUUGGACAAGUGAAAUUGCAAGCGCUCGAAUUGGAGAGGAACCAGCGGAUACGCGCCGCCACAAACCAAACUGGCUGGAAACCUGUUCCGGUGUCACUGUCAAGCAUCAUCGGCGUUUUUUGGCUGUAGUCGUUGGUUUACCGAACCGCGAAGCUGCUGUCUACGUGGACCGGUGCUGAACUCUCCCGUCCGACCGCCAGGACCAAACCCCGAGACAUGGCCACGAACGGCACCAAAGCCUCCGAUGGACACGUUUUAACAGAGGUGAACGAAGCGCCCACCGCCAACGACAAACCAAAAACUCUGGUGGUCAAAGUUCAGAAGAAAAAGGAACUUCCUGACAGGGAAACAUGGCAGGGAAAAUUUGACUUUCUUCUGUCUUGUGUUGGCUACGCCAUUGGACUUGGCAAUGUCUGGAGAUUUCCUUAUCUAUGCGGAAAAAACGGAGGAGGGGCCUUCUUGAUUCCUUACUUUUUGACCCUUAUAUUUGCUGGGGUCCCGUUGUUUUUUCUGGAAACGGCCCUCGGCCAGUACACGUCCAUUGGUGGUCUCGGAGUGUGGAAACUUGCUCCUAUGUUCAAAGGUGUUGGCCUGGCUGCAGCAGUCCUGUCGUUCUGGCUUAACAUUUACUACAUUGUCAUCAUUGCAUGGGCGAUUUACUAUCUGUAUAACUCAUUCACCACAGAGCUCCCCUGGAAAUCUUGCGACAACCCUUGGAAUACGGACAAAUGCUUCUCCAACUACAGCAUGGCGAACAUCGGGAACAUGACCAGCGCCGUGGUGGAGUUCUGGGAACGUAACAUGCAUCAGCUGACGGACGGCCUGGAGAAGCCGGGCGAGAUCAGACUGCCUUUAGCUAUAACACUGGCCAUCGCUUGGGUCCUGGUCUAUUUUUGCAUCUGGAAGGGUGUAGGAUGGACUGGAAAGGUGGUUUAUUUCUCCGCCACAUACCCGUAUUUCAUGCUCUUUAUCCUGUUCAUCCGUGGAGUGACUCUGCCGGGGGCCAAAGAGGGCAUUUUAUUCUACGUGACGCCCGAGUUCAGCAAACUGAAGGAAUCAGAGGUGUGGCUGGACGCCGCCACGCAGAUCUUCUUCUCGUACGGUCUGGGUCUGGGCUCGCUCAUCGCCCUCGGGAGCUACAACCCCUUCAACAAUAACGUUUACAAAGACUCCAUCAUCGUCUGCUGCAUUAAUUCCUUCACCAGUAUGUUCGCCGGAUUCGUCAUUUUCUCCAUCGUUGGUUUCAUGGCGCACAUCACAAAACGACCCAUCGCAGACGUGGCGGCAUCAGGGCCGGGACUGGCGUUUCUGGCGUACCCUGAGGCCGUCACUCAGCUGCCGAUCUCUCCACUCUGGGCUGUGCUGUUCUUUUCCAUGCUGCUCAUGCUGGGCAUCGACAGUCAGUUCUGUACAGUGGAGGGCUUCAUUACAGCUCUGGUGGAUGAAUUUCCACGAGCUCUGCGAGGAAGAAGAGAAAUCUUCAUCGCUGUGGUCUGUCUGGUGUCGUAUUUGAUCGGCCUGUCCAACAUCACACAGGGCGGUCUGUAUGUGUUCAAGCUCUUCGACUAUUACUCUGCCAGCGGGAUGUGUCUGCUGUUCCUCGUCUUCUUCGAGUGCAUCUCCAUAUCCUGGUUCUACGGUGUCAAUAAAUUCUAUGGCAAUCUAGAGGAGAUGAUCGGAUACAAGCCGUGCAUUUGGUGGAAGCUGUGCUGGGUGGUGUUCACUCCACUGAUCGUGGCGGGAGUGUUUCUGUUCAGCGCCGUUCAGAUGGUCCCGCUCACCUUGAACAAUUACGUGUUCCCGAAAUGGGGGCAAGGCGUGGGCUGGUGCAUGGCACUGUCCUCCAUGGUCCUCAUUCCCGGAUACAUGGGCUACAUGUUCCUCACCCUCAAGGGCUCAUACAAAGAGCGCCUUCGGAUAAUGAUCCAGCCCACGGCGGCAGCAGUGCGGACUCAGGAGAACGGGCCCGAACAACAACCUGAAAACCCGACUCCAGCCAACGACGAGGCCUACAUUUAACCGUACUCCAGCAAGAGCCAAUAAAAGCGUAAUCACGGUUGAUCACAACCAAGGACUUCCAUGUCUAAAGUAUAUCCACCUACCUCCGAGGGAAAAACCAACCUGAUUACAGUUUGACUCGUUUUGGUACAUGGUCCAAAAAAAAUCCAACAGCAAAACAAAUCUAAGCUAAACCUGUGUUUCAUAUGCAAGAUAUUAGUAAAAGGGGUAAAAAAAAAAAAAAGAGAUUUGGCAUCCCAACGUAAUUCCAACAGCACAGUGUUAAUUUGAUAUUACAUGUAAUUAAUGUAUUAAAAUAUAAAAAUACAGUUGUAGGUUAGAAUCGAAUUGUAUCUGAUUGUAUCUGAAAAAUAUAUAAAUAUAUGAACAUACAUCUAUAUAUAUAUAUAUAUAUAUAUCUAUGAAAAGCAGGGAGUGCAUUUAAAAAAAGGGGCAAGAUUCAGACUAUACACUUUUGGAGAGCGUUUCAAUCCGUUCAGCCAAACCCUGAAGACAAGCACAAGACAACAAAUAUGGAUUUGGGUUUACAAACGCCCCGGGGGGCAGCCGCAGGGGCAAAUCGACGUCAAAAAAGACUGUUAUUUUUUCCUUUUUCUUUUUUCUAAGACAAAAAUAACUUUGUAUGUGUUUUUUAGGAUCAUUUUAGUACGUGUUUUCUAUGUAAGAGUAAGAAGGACCAAAUUCAUGUGUACGCUAUACUGACAGGUCUGAACGCUGUUUUACGUCGCACCGAAUCACCGCACAAAGUCAUAUUUUUGGGGCCGACGCACCCCGUGAGACCACUGUUAAUCUGCUCAGCACAUUUGCAUGCCACUCCUCAGGAAAAAUGGCGAAAGUGACCAAAAUUUGCUCUCCUGGAUCUGAAGCGAUUAUAGCUGUGAGCAGCAAACCAUCAGUUCUGUCGUCUGUUGCCAUGGUUUCAAGGGUCAUUUUGUCAGACAUCGUUGGCGAACCAGCACUCUGUGUGUGUGUGUGUCUGUGUGUGUCAGAAACAGACAGAGCCGUCGCUCCAACCAGAAAAACACACACAAACAAAACGUCACCCAAAAACGAUGUUGCGUUGUUUUUAAAAACACACACACACAGGGCAAUAAUAAGUACUUUGCGUGGAAUGAUGUUAAGGAAUAUGCGUGUGUGCAUGUGUGUGACGCAGAGAGAAGCGACUCUUUUAUUUUACCGCCGUUUUUUUUAAAGAGAAAAUAAAAGUCACUGACUGGUGAAAAGCACAAAGCUUUAAGUUCACAAAGCCACAAAGGGAAUCUGAAAAACCAACACUGCUAGUUUGCUUCUCCGGCAGCUAAACGUGUGACAGAGAUCUGGAUUAAUUAGUCGAUUUAUUCUGACGUCUGAUGAAAACGUGCAAUCAAUCAAGAGUUUUUCGUGAAAUUGUAUAAAUUUACCACUCAUCAGAUUUCUCUCUGAAACAAUGUUGUAAAACUGUACCGUGUAAAAGUACCUGUGAAUGUCCGUUUUGAGGUUUUUGUCUUGUUGAAGAACCUUAUAUUAUUUGCUGUUUACUGCAAUAAUGCAUCCAUCUCAGAAACUAAAGCACAUAUCUUUCUGAAGUGUAAAAAAACAAAAUAAAAAAAAGAAGAGUAAUAAUAACAAAUGAAUAACCACGACGGAAGAUCAUAAGAGAAUAGAUAAUAUGUCUAGUCAAACAAAAUAUUGUUUUGUAUAUUUCUAACUGUUUGGGCCUAAUGUAAAAUAUUCUAUGUAAAGAAAAAAUAUAUAUAUAAUACAUGUCUUUAGAUGGUGUUAUAAAAAAAGCAUGAUUGCAAUAUGUUAUAUGAUAAAAAAAAUAAAGUAUUAUAGAUUAUAACAUG